AAAUUCAGCUCUGGUUUGCGCCUGGCCUGGUUCAGAUCGAAAUUUUCGAACCACCCGCUCAUGCUUGUAUCCGUGUUAAUUUCACCCACCACCACUCAACUCAUUCCCACCAAGCCACCUCGGGUUGACAAACUCCCUGUCACUCAAACUCAAAUUAAACCACAUCCCACAGGACGUCAUAAGGCAAAAACAAAAUGGCGAAAAGUUCAAGGUCAAGCGUCAUCAAGACAAACAACCGGCGGCUCAAGAAGAAUGUAUUCGGCCCAAUCGAGUCCGCACGUGCAGAGCGCCUCUCUGCGAAGCUGUUGGCCCUUGCCGCCGAGUCCAAGCCAGAGAAAGAUGUGGACAUGAACGAAGAGCCUGUGGAGGAGACCAAGGACGCCGCUGCCAAGGAGGACACUGCUAUGGAGGUUGAAGGUGCUAAGCCGGCGGGCAAGAAGCCGAAUAGCAAGAGGAAAGUGGAGAAGCGGAGGGGCAAGAAGUCGUCGAUUGUCUUUCCCAUGAGGGGACCCAAGCGGAACAAGAAAUGAGGGGUGAUGGGUUUGAAGUCGGAUUGUCUUGGUGCGAGAGCAUCUCAUCGGACCCGACUUCUCUUCCCUCGGGCCGAGCCCUUGCGAUUAGUUGAUGUCGACCCCGUCAUAGUCGAGAAGGAUCGGCGAGGCCAAACGUUGCCGAGAAGAGGGAGGGGAAGAGGGAGGUUUUGUUCUUGCUUUCGGCGAUUUUCCAUUUUGCGGAUUCACACCCGCUGCAUUGGGUCAGGAGUCAGGAGUUGGGAAACAAAACAUCAGCUCCGCGGCGGAGCGGCCAUCAUGACCAGCAACGUCAGGGCGUCGUAGGACCGAUUAGCUCGAGCGGCUUGGUUUUGGGAUACAUACGAGGAAGGAAAAGCACCAUGUAUCAGACCACCUUCUCGGCGUAUCCGGUCCAUAAAUUGCGCGCGGGUCCGUCAGUUUCGAUGAUAUUCACAUGCCAUUUGGCGGUCUCUCUG